AUGUUUCUCAUUUUUUAUUCGUUAACUUUACUUGUUUCAUAUUCUUAUUCUAAUCAAUGUCACAUUUGUGAUUCAUUUUCCGGAUAUUGUGAAUUUGAUGGAAAUGUUUGUGUUGGUCCCAAAUGUUCAAGAAGAUUUGCUCCAACUUCAAGUAAGUCUUGUAAUUUAUUGCAAAAAUUGAAAUUAUUUUUUUAAAGGUGGUCUGAUUCGAGAACAACGGUUAUGUGUUCCUUCAGAUUCCGUUGUCGGUUGUCAUAAGGCAAUUCUUUGGGAUGGAAUGGAAGGAACAGAGUGUAUUUGUGAAGAACAUAUGUGUAAUUCUGGCAUCACAUUUGGAACAAAAUUAAUUAUUUCAACAUUUUUUUUCCAUUUUUUAUUUUAA